CCCAGUCCCUGGCUCUAACUCUUCUGCCACAAACGUCAGCAUGGUGGUAUCUGCCGACCCUUUGUCCAGCGAGCGGGCAGAGAUGAACAUCCUAGAAAUCAACAAGGAAUUGCGUACCCAGCUGGCAGAGAGCAAUCAGCAGUUCCGAGACCUCAAAGAGAAAUUCCUUAUAACUCAAGCUACUGCCUACUCCCUGGCCAACCAGCUGAAGAAAUACAAGUGUGAAGAGUACAAAGACAUCAUAGACUCUGUGCUGAGGGAUGAACUGCAGUUCGUGGAGAAGCUGGCAGAGAAGCUCAGGCAAGCUGAGGAGCUCGGGCAAUAUAAAGCCCUGGUUCACUCUCAGGCACGAGAGCUGACCCAGUUACGGGAGAAGUUACAGGAAGGGAGAGAUGCCUCCCGCUCACUGAAUCAGCAUUUCAAGGCCCUCCUCGCUCCUGAUGACCUUGAAAAGUCCCAGGGUCAGGACCUCCGAGAGCAGCUGGCUAAGGGGCGCAGGCUGGCAGAGCACCUUGUUCACAAGCUGAGCCCAGAGAAUGAUGAAGAUGAGGAUGAAGAUGAGAAAGAUGCGGAGGUUGAGAAAGUACAGGAAUCACCUGCCCCCAGGGAGGUGCAGAAGGCUGAAGGAAAGGAAGUCCCUCAGAAUUCACUGGAGGAAUGUGCUGUCACUUGUUCAAAUAGUCACAACCCUUCUAACUCCAACCAGCCUCACAGGAGCACCAAAAUCACAUUUGAGAAAAACAAAGUUGACUCUGCUCUGGUUGUAGAGAGUGAACGCUUUCAUGAUGAAGAGGAGGAAGCUCUAACCAUUCUCCCAGUCCCUGGCUCUACCUCUUCUGCCACAAACGUCAGCAUGGUGGUAUCUGCCGACCCUUUGUCCGGCGAGAGGGCAGAGAUGAACAUCCUAGAAAUCAACAAGGAAUUGCGCUCCCAGCUGGCAGAGAGCAAUCAGCAGUUCCGAGACCUCAAAGAGAAAUUCCUUAUAACUCAAGCUACUGCCUACUCCCUGGCCAACCAGCUGAAGAAAUACAAGUGUGAAGAGUACAAAGACAUCAUAGACUCUGUGCUGAGGGAUGAACUGCAGUUCGUGGAGAAGCUGGCAGAGAAGCUCAGACAAGCUGAGGAGCUCGGGCAAUAUAAAGCCCUGGUUCACUCUCAGGCACGAGAGCUGACCCAGUUACGGGAGAAGUUACAGGAAGGGAGAGAUGCCUCCCGUUCACUGAAUCAGCAUUUCAAGGCCCUCCUCACUCCUGAUGACCUUGACAAGUUCCAGGGUCAGGACCUCCGAGAGCAGCUGGCUGAGGGGCGCCGGCUGGCAGAGCACCUUCUCCACAAGCUCAGUCCAGAAACUGAUGAAGAUGAGGAUGAAGAUGAGAAAGAUGCGGAGGUUGAGAAAGUACAGGAAUCACCUGCUCCCAGGGAGGUGCAGAUGGCUGAAGGAAAGGAAGUCCCUCAGGACUCACUGGAGGAAUGUGCUGUCACUUGUUCAAAUAGUCACGACCCAUCUGACUCCAACCAGCCUCACAGGAGCACCAAAAUCACAUCUGAGGAAGACAAAGUCGACUCUGCUCUGGUUGUAGAGAAUGAACCCUCUCAUGAUGAAGAGAAGGAAGCUCUAAACAUUCUCCCAGAAAAUCAAAAUGAUCAUGAGGAAGAACAGGGGAAAGCGCCAGUGCCCCCCAGACACUGUGACAUGUCCAACUCUUACCUGCAUCAUGAAGUCACUUUCUUGGCACUGGAUGAAGAGAAAGUUUGCUCUGUUCAGGAUGUUGCCAGGGAUUACUCCAAAUCCAAAUGGGAUGAAACCCCACUUGGCUUCCUAGAAAAGCAAAAUAAUCUUGAAGAGGUGAAAGGAAAAGGAACAGUUGAUCCCAGGCUCAGCAGGGGACCACUGAGGGGGGACAAGCGUGAAGUCCCCCAGGAGUCACUGGAUGGAUGUUGCUUUACUCCUUCCAUCCUUCCUGACCUACCUCACUCCUACCGCCCUUAUGGGAGCACUUCGUACUGUUUUGAAGAAAUGCAAGUCAGCUUGGCUCUCGUAGACAAAAUUGAAAAGGAUCAAGAGGAGCUAGAAGAUCAAGACCCACCGUGCCCCAGGCUCAGCCAGGAGCUGCCAGAGGUGAAGGAGCAGGAAAUCCCAGAGGACUCCGUGGAUGAAGUUUACUUGACUCCUUCAGUUCAUCGUGACCUGUCUGACUGCCACCAGCCUUAUAGCAGCACCUUGUCCUCAUUGGAGGAUCAACUUGCCUGCUCUGCUUUGGAUAUAGCCUCUCCCACCAAGAUGGCCUGUCCCCAAGGGACUUGGAGUGCAGACUUAAGCCACCACCUGUCAGAGGUGCAGGUGGCACAUGCACAGCUGGAACCAAGCACCCUGGUGCCCAGUUGUCUGCGACUACAGCUGGAUCAAGGGAAUGGCUUGGCCAGGCGGAGCCUUUCCUCCACCACCUGCAGUUUCACAGCCAACACUGAUUCUGGGAACCAAUGGAACUUCCAAGAGCUGGUUUUAGAGCCCUCCCUGGGGAUGAAGAACCCUCCCCAGCUGGGAGGUGAUGCACUUAAAGGCUCAGCAGAGAACACACAAGGGCGUCAAGUCAUUGGCCAGAUUCAUGCCUCCAGUGUCCUGAAACCAAAGAUCAUCAAAAGAAAACUCCCGCUCAGCAAGUGGAGACUGGCAUGCAGAUUCCCUGGCCUGCAAGCUUAGGGUGCAGAGAUACCAAAUACUGCUGGAAGGAUGCAAAGGGUGAAAGGAUGUCACAAAAAGUAGCUUUUCCAUUUGAUGAAAACAACUAAAACAGCAAAGCAAGUUCAAGUCCAAACACAACCCUGCAGGGGUCCUUCACUGAGGAUUGAAUUUUAGACACAGAACACUCUUGAUUAUUUCAACCCACUAUGCUCCUUUGAUCUGAGAAGCCACAGUCCAUCCCCCUCCAAUUGUGAUCAAUACCUAGGGAGACCAAUGCCCAGAUGGACAAACAACAUUCACAGGCCUUAGCCCUGCUCCUCUCAAUUCCCAUCGUGUAGAGAACAGGAGUCAGGAGUUGCUGGCAGGAGACAGCAU